UAUUCAACCCUUUAUGUGUUAUAGUUUCACAGCUGAGCAUAACAGGAGAGGGUCAGCUGCUCAUUAACCUUAACUAUGAGGAGCAGGAGCAACUCUGGGGUGAGGCUCGACUACUACCACCGCAUCGUCUACCGAACAAUCCUUAGGCACCAGGAUGCAGUAACUGGAUUACUGCCUGCAAGCCCAGAUAACCAUCAUGCCUGGGUGCGUGAUAACCUUUACUCCAUAUUGGCUGUGUGGGGGCUGUCCAUGGCCUACAAGAAGAAUGCAGACCUGGAUGAGGACAGAGCUAAAACUUAUGAACUUGAGCAGAGUUGCGUUAAGUUGAUGCGUGGGCUGCUCACCUGUAUGAUGCAGCAAAAGGAUAAAGUUGAGAAGUUCAAGCAAACUCAGGCACCAAUUGAUUCUCUUCAUGCCAAGUAUUCCUCUAAGACUGGCUUGCCUGUUGUGAGGGAUGAUGAGUGGGGUCACCUGCAGAUUGAUGCCACAUCAUUAUUCCUCCUUGUUUUAGCACAAAUGACAGCAUCUGGGCUUCAGAUCAUAUUCAACUUGGAUGAAGUUUCCUUCAUACAGAAUUUAGUCUUCUAUAUUGAGUCAGCAUAUUGUGUUCCUGAUUAUGGGAUAUGGGAACGAGGAGACAAGACCAACCAUGGCCUGCCGGAGCUGAAUGCCUCCAGUAUUGGUCUUGCUAAAGCUGCACUGGAGGCCAUGAAUGAACUUGAUCUGUUUGGUGCUCGAGGUGGUCCAGCCAGCGUCAUCCAUGUCUUAGCUGAUGAGGCUCAGAAGUGCCAGGCUGUGUUACAGUCAAUGCUGCCACGUGAGAGUAACAGUAAGGAGGUGGACAGCAGCCUCCUUGCCGUCGUCAGUUUCCCCGCCUUUGCCGUGGACGAUCCCUUACUUAUCAAGAAAACUAAGAUGACGAUACAGAAUAAGUUACAAGGACGUUUUGGCUGUAAGAGAUUCCUGAGGGAUGGUUAUAAGACAGCCAAGGAGGAUCCCAGUCGACUAUACUACGAGCCGUGGGAACUAAAGGUAUUUGAGAAGAUCGAAUGUGAGUGGCCUCUGUUCUUCUGUUAUUUCAUCCUAGACUACUGUUUCCAAGGUGACGAGGAAGCUGUCAAAGAAUACUCAGAGACUCUUGAAGAGUUGCUGGUGACCACUGAUGAUGGGCUGAGGCUGGUACCAGAGAUCUACUCAGUGCCAGCAGAGAAAGUAGAAUUAGAGUACCAAGACCCCGGCUCACAGGAUCGUGUAGCUGUGGGCAAGUUACCUUUCAUGUGGGCACAAAGUCUCUACAUCAUGGGCAGACUCCUCCAAGAUAAAUUCUUGGCCUGUGGUGAACUGGAUCCUCUCAAUCGCCGCCUGGGUUCUGAGAAGAAGCCAGAUGUGGUUGUACAGGUUGUGGUGCUGGCAGAAGAUGGCAGCAUUCAAUCUAAGCUCCAAGCUCUUGACAUUCAUGUACAGACCAUUUCAGAAGUGGCACCCAUUGAGGUUCAGCCAGCCAGGGUAUUAUCAAAGCUUUAUGCACAUCUGGGCCGUAAUCAAAAGCUUGGACUCUCUGGGCGUCAGAGUCGUGAUGUUGGUAUCCUCUCCACAAGUAAACUGUACGCUCUUCAAGACAGAAUCUUUGCAUUCACUCCUCAGAGUGUGGACACAGAGGAGUGGUACGGCAUGCAUGAUGCAAACCUGCUAUGCUAUUAUUUGAAGUCGCAUAUGGCCUUCCUGAAGGAGACGUGGUUCAGCUCUAUGCUUGGCAGACCCACCAUUACUUUUCUUGUUCAGUCAUUUAUGUUAGAAGAUGGUAAAAUUCCUCCUGCCAUGAUCUCUACUCUGAAGAAGCUCAAGAGCGGCUACAUCAACGGUACAAGGGUGUCACUGGGCAAGAUGCAGGAGUUCCUCAACACGUCUUGCAUCACCAGCCUCAACUUCCUCAACGAUACCGAGGGUGGCUUUCCCGACAGUCUUAAAGGAGAAGUAAAGGAGUACCUAGAGAAACAAAUGAGAGGCUCUUUGACCUGGAGAAGAGCAGAUCUAGUGCGCAUGUCAAACAGGUUUAGUCAAAGAACGUCCCGGGAUCCUACUCGACGCAAGAUUUCGGUGGCAGUUAGAGGAACUAUUCGUAAAUCUCGUUCCCUGUUUGUUGACGAAGAAAAAGACGUCGCAAAUUUCUUGGGUCGUCAGGGACUUCAGGCAAAACUUGCAGCUCGUCGCCUUUUGCAAUUACAAGACAGAGGAGACGCUCCACCAUGCGUGUCUCGACGUGGAUCGUGCGUCACUUCACCCACAUCUGAGCUCGGUCCACCAAUAUUAGAAGUGUCGGUUCCAACUACACCGACACGUUCCACCCCUCCUUUAUCAUCACGGUCACGAUCGCCGUCCCCAGAUAAAGAAGACUUGUGGGAAUCAAUGGUCAGACACAGUAGGGUGGCCUCUGAUGCUGUGUAUGAGAAUGUGGACCUGGAGGAGUUACUGCUGCAGAUGCGGGAGGCAGAGACAUUGGAGGAACAAGGCGACAUCCUUCACUACCUGGUUGUGCAGUUUGGGCUGGGUCAUGAGACAGGGUCGGUGAUUGAAGGUCAGCCAGUAACAGUGAAGGAUCUACUCAAGGACUUAUAUGAGAGGGCCUGUCACAUCAAGCACUGGGCUCUUGUCAGACACACUGCUGGUAUGUUGGGUAAGCGUGUAGAAGACUUGGCCAAGGCUGUAACAGACCUCUUAGUGCGACAGAAGCAGGUGACAGUUGGCUUGCCACCACACAAUGAAGUUACUAUCACUGCACCGCUUCCCUCAUCCGAGCUGCGAGUCCUCAUCCACCAGGCAUACGGAGCAGAUGAGUGUACUGCCAUGUUGACCCAGGAGUUGUUGGUGUACCUGGCAAUGUUCAUCCGCACUGAACCGAGUCUUUUCCACGAGAUGCUGAGGCUCCGCGUGGGUCUAAUCAUACAGGUCAUGGCCUCAGAACUGGCAAGAACCAUCAAAUGUGCUGCAGAUGUGGCCUCAGAUCACCUCCUCAACCUCUCACCUUUUGAGAUGAAGAACCUGCUGCAUCAUAUCAUGUCUGGAAAGGAAUUCAACAUUGGCUCAGUCUUACUCAAACGUGAAGGAUUACUUGCAAAUGCUCGCAGUGGGACGUUCUUCAUCAGCAGUCGCUCCAGCAAGCUCAGCAAGGGAGGGUUGCAUGCUGAGAAGAAAAGUGCAAUAGGUAGUUUCUUGGGUUCAUCAAUGACAGAAGGAAAGUCUGAUGACAGUGAAGGUGAUCGUUACGGUCAGUGGCUAAGGCGUCGCAGGUUGGAUGGUGCUCUCAAUCGUGUUCCACGCAACUUUUAUCCACGUAUAUGGAAAGUUCUGGAGAAGUGCCGAGGAAUCAACAUAGAGGGCAAAGUAAUCCCACAGAGUCUUACUCAGGAGAUGACAGCAGGUGAACUGAAAUUUGCACUUGAGGUGGAAACUGUCCUAAAUACCAUUCCUCAACCAGAAUAUAGGCAACUGGUUGUUGAGGCUUUGAUGGUUCUGUCACUUGUCCAAGAAUAUCACAAAACAGACUCUCUUGGUGAUAUUGUGUCGGCUCAGGACAUAGUUCAUGUGGCUAAUAACAUUUUCCUCACAGAUCAGAAACAGCAAGAUGGCGAUGCAACUUUGUGUUGUGCCCGUGAUAAACGUGAGCCAGGAGUUGGGGGUGGACUAGCAUGCGGUGGUGCUGCUUAUAUCUGUCUACAUUUCUAUGACAGUGCACCAUCAGGAAGCUAUGGCACUAUGUCAUACAUGAUCCGAGCAGUUACUUCUACUCUUAAUUGUUUCCCACAAGAUGGAGACAUGGACUGCACUGUUAGCUGAAUGGUGAGAUAACAUUAUGUUAUUAACACAAUGAAAUCUUAUUAAGUAGCUAUGAAAAUACAUUGUAGUAAAGGUGUCUCAUAUCAAUUAGUUUUAUGAAUAUCACGAAGUAGUCAGUAAACAAAGUAGUGAGCAGACUUCUUCCACUUUCUAAAGUAUUAAAAUAUAUGCAGUAGUGGUAUAUACUGCACUUUACUAUUGUUAAGACUUUGAAAGCAUGAAUAUUUAUUAUUUUGGUUUUUUGUCUUUCUCGUCUAAUCCAUCCUUAACAAUAAUGAGAGGUGUAAGGCCAUGUAACAUAAGUAAUACUUUUGACUUGGUUAAUAAAGGCUGAAUGUAUAGAUAUAUUUUUAUGGAGGAAUAUUCUGUUGACGUGAUACUAGGAAUAUGGUUUGCAUGAAGAUGUCUCUUUUAUAUUCUCCUUUGAUAAGUACUGUAGUCUUAAAACUAAGAGAUGCAUUUGUAGGUUGAUUAUCUUAAAAAAACUGUAGGAUGAGUUUUGUAUCAUGGAUACAACCAAUGUUUUGGGAGAGAUGUACUAAGGAAAAUAUCAAGGAAAUGCAUAUUGAAAACCCUGUACUAUAAGAGACCUAAAAAGGAAAUUUCAAGGAAAUAUAGAGUUAAAAAAUCCUUCACUACCGUAUAAUAUGUUAAAGAUUUUUUGCUUGCAUUUAAUUUUGUUAUAUACCUUUAGUUUUGUGUUUCCUGUUUAAUCUUUGGAUUAUAAAUUUUAUGAAACCACUGAACUGUAAUGUACAGUUAUAGAAUGAUUUUACCUUUGUACACAUUCUAUGUAUAUAUGGUACAUAGUUUGCACUGUACUGUAAGGCUAAGACACCAGAGAAACUAGUGAUACAUUAACGAUUACAUACAAACAUUCUUGUAAUAGUUUUAACAAAUUAUUAUCCAUGUCAGUAUGCAAAGGGUUGUCUUAUAUUAACUUAAUAUUUUCUAUUGAUAUAGGUGCAGUAGUUCAGAGACAUAAGUUUAUGCACAAGAUUUAGAGAUUAUACACUGUCAGUUACCUCAGGUCCUUUUUCAGCUAGGAAUGACACCACAGUUAAGUUAGUGAGUAGUUAGAGAUUCUCAUCUUUUUAGUUUCUUUAUACCAGGGGUUCUCUAUUAGUUUUGGCUGUUACCCCGAAAUAAACUAGGAACCAUAUAUGCACAAAUUUGGUGUACAGUUUAGAUUGGAUUUUUGUUAUAUAUAUAUAUAUAUAUAUAUAUAUAUAUAUAUAUAUAUAUAUAUAUACUGUAUAUAAUCAUGUACACUGUAUUCAACUGCAUUACCCCCUCAAAAAAAAAAAUGUCAAAUUACCCCUCACGAGUGAUUUACCCCUAAUUUAGAACCCGUGCUUUACUGUAUAUUAGCUUGUUAAUCCUCAUGAAUUGUUUUAGAUAUAGAGGCAGGGUUACUGCAGUAUUGUGGCAGGAAUUAAAAAAAAUAUAUUCACUGCUACUGCUUUCAUUACCAAUUUUUUUAAAUAUAUACAGGGUGUAUUUUUUUUUUUUAGUCUGUACAGUAUUAGGAACACUCAGAAUUAACAAAGAUAGCUACUGUAUGUACACAGUACUGUUGUUGUUUUAAUGAUUUUUUCUUAUUUCAUUGACAUACACACAGUAUUUAUUUACUUAGAUUGAGCAAGAAUUUUAGAUAGGUAUUUAUAUAUUUUUUUUAUUAAUGUUCUUAUAUUGAUAAAGGUUACAUAAAAUGUAGCAUUGCUUUGUGUGACAGUGAUGCUACUAGUGUUUUAUAAUGAAUACAGAUUGAUGAAAUAACAAAUUAAGGAUUAACGUUCCCCAUGGCUUUAGGUAACUGGAUGAAGUAUGACAUGUGAUGAUUUUUAUAGGACAGGUUAUAAUUACAGCUAAAUUUAAAAAUGUUUUGAUUCAUAAGAUAUGUACCUCUACCUUACUAUGGUCGCUGUCAAGUUAAUUACAAGUACCCUGUACCUAUUUUGUAUCAUAAUGUCCAUGUAACUUCUUUUUUAUUCUAUGCCAGUCCUUCCCAAAUCAAAUAUUCAUUAAUAAUGAAGAAUUAAACAAAACCACCAGAGUCUAGAUUUGUAUCCAUUCAAAUAUUUUAUGACUACUGCAUUUUAUUAGAAUGUGCAGUAUUAAAUAAUUCCGAGUUGCAAAAUUUAGAACUCAGAAUUGUAAGUACGUAGUCAUAUAUCUUCAUUGGCAGAUGAUGGUAUCAAUACCCUAUUGUGCUAAUGUUAAAUCAGUUCACAAGUGAUUAGUUAAUGAUGAUUUGUAUGUCAUUGGGUUGGUAUUACAUGAUUUAGAAAAAAAAAGGGAUAUUCACCAUCCAAAGUGUAACAAUGUAAUCUUAGCUUGUUAAUAAUAAAUUGUUUAUGAAAUUAUUAAUAAGUGUUUGCAAUCGCAACUGAAGCCUAGGGUCAGUUUGUAGCAAGGCAGCUGAUUGGCUGGUCACUACAACUUGCUACAAACUGACUGUAGGCUUCGGUUGCAAAGUUCAAAUGAACAGACUAUACAGUAGUCCGUGAAGACAUCGCUUAUGGAAGACCCUAAUGUCUGGACUUUUAAUCACCCCUCUUCCGUUGAUGGGGGAUUGUCAUGUUUACAACCAUAGUUUAAAAAACAAAAACUGAGUCACGAAGAACAGGGAAGUGUGGUGGUAAAAUGAACUACAGUAAUUCCAAUAUUCUAAGUUAAUUUUACUGCCACACCUCCCUGUUGAGCACUGCAGUGUGGUGCUGUUUGUGACUUAAAAAACUGGUUGAGGGAUUGUCAUGUAUAUUCAUCCCAAGAAUGUCGAUUCAUUUUAGUAAUGCUGCAACAUAUAGGACAUAAGUGGGGCAAAACCUCAUUAAAUGCUGCAACAGCACCAUGAGGUUUUGUCCCACUUAUGCCCUAAUGUUGCAGCAUCGCUAAAAUGAGUUGACAAGACCAGAAAAUUAGUGAAUGUUCAGUUUAUACUUUCUAAAGAUGUCCCCAUCAAAUCUGAAGUCAUUGGGGUUUAUUGUUUCUGUUUGCAUGCAUGAAUCUUCAGUAAUAUAAUUUUUAAGUUAUUGUGAUUUUUGGUGCCAGUUAAUUGGUUAAUUACAAUGCCAAUUUUAUAAUUUUUAGUGUGCAAAUAUAUUGUGUUCAGUCCUGUGCAAUAGUUUAUAUUGAAUAUUUUGGAUCCGGUGCAUAUGAUCUAUAGAGUCAAAUAUGUGAGGCCUAUUUGAUUGUAUCAGACUUAUUGUAUAACUUAACUUAAAUUAUAUAUUAAACUAUAAGAGCUAUUCACAUACUAUAUGUUACUGAAUUUGAAUUAAUAAUUAUAUUUUCAAUCAAUAUCA